AUGAAGCAAGACAUUUAUGAAUUUGUUACUGAACAUUGGAAUUGUUUAAAACAUUUUAGUGUUUUUACUAAACCACAUUGGAAAAAAAUAUUAUUAGACACUUUUAAUCAUUGUACUAAUAUUGAAACUGGUAAAAAUUUUAAGUUAAGAGCUUCUUUUAGGAUCCGUAGUAAAACUAGUAAUGAUAAUAAAAGUGAGUCGUCUGAAAGUGGUACUAAAACUGUGGUUAAUUCUAUUGAAUUAUCUCCUUCAAUUCAUUCACAGAAUUCCUCACUUGAAAUUGAUAAACCUCAAUAUAUUCAAAUGUUUUUUCAAUUACAGUCAUUAUUAUAUAAUAACGCUGCUUUAUUAAAAAAAUAUUAUAGGCUAUUAGGAGAAAAAGAAGAUACUUCAGAACGUUGGAGAGUUCAAUACAAUACUCUUUCUAGAAGAGCAUUUAAUUUUGGUGUUUAUGCUCAAAAUAUUCAAUACUUUCAUUAA